CACUCGAGGGUGGCCUCCGGUCUUGUGGCCUUGUUACCGUUAGGACGUGUUACCGAGAGGAUUAUUCCGAUUAUUCGCUAAGAUGGUCGCGAUUAAGGGGAGGAAAAGUUCGAAUAAAAAUCCGCCGAUGCUGAGCCAUGAGUUCGUUAUUCAAAAUCAUGCUGAUAUUGUCUCGUGCGUGGCGAUGGUCUUCGUCCUCGGACUGAUGGUGCAGGUGACAUCUCCGUGGGCUUAUACCUUCAUCGCUAUUCAUCACAAUGUCUCCUCUUUGAUUUCAAUCGACGGUACGCUACCGCCACAGCCCACCAAGUACACCACAGGAUGGAAGGAUCCUUGUGCAAUUUUCUUCUACUUUCUCAUUACAAUUAUUAUGCAUGCCGUCAUUCAAGAAUAUAUUUUCGAUAAAAUCUCAAAACGUCUUCGUUUGAGCAAAAGCAAACUUUCUAAAUUUAACGAAUCCAGCCAGCUCGUCGUAUUUUAUGCUCUCUCUGUUAUUUGGGGUAUGGACAUCGUAAUAAGAGAACAUUUUGUCUUUAACGUACCUGCAUUAUGGAUGGACUAUCCCGCACCCAUGUCAUUUUCAUUGAAAUUAUUCUUUAUUGGCCAACUAGCCUACUGGUUUCAUUGCUAUCCAGAACUCUACUUCCAAAGAGCGAAGAAAGAGGAAAUUCCUAAUAGAGUUUUUCAAGCCACUGUCGGUGUAAUAUAUACACUUGGUGCUUAUAUUUUAAACUAUCAACAUGUUGGUAUUAUUCUAUUAAUACUCCAUCACGUUGGAGAGGGCUUGUUACAUAGCGCAAGAUUGAUUCACUUUGUUGAUCAAAAGGAAAAGGCAUCUAAAGCAUCCUUUUACGUAGCCAAUUCAAUGUUCGUCAUUGCUCGAAUUCUCACUGUACUUAUCUCUGCUCUCGUUUUCGUCUACGGUCUAAAUCAAAUCGAUAGCACACUGAAUUGUGCCGAGGGUAACUUCAAUAUUCCAGCAGUUAGAUAUUCCGCUCUGGCAGCAGUCUUGGUCCUGCAAUUCUACAUGCUUUACGUUUUCUUGCAAUAUCAAAAGAAACGUGCUCGUGAAAACGAAGUAUUUGUUGUAUCAAAAGUAAAAGUAUUGAAGCAAAAGCAAAAAAAGAAAGAAACGAGCAAAAAGUCUGGUGGAUCCGAGGAUGAUGAACAGCACGAUGCAGAUCAAAAUAUUAGGAAAAAUCUUAGAUCUAGGUCGUCGACGAAAGUAAAAUAGCGCGUUUCUGCUCCACGUUCCAAGUAUGUGACUCUUCACAAAAACGAAAAUGAAGACAGAAUAAAAAAGACUUACCAAGGUUCUACGAGAUGAUGAAUUUUUUCUAGUUUCUAUCGGUCGUUGCAGUUUAAUGAUAUUUUAUAUACUAAGAUUUGCAUUGAAUCUAAUUAUGUUGUCAGACUAGCUCGUUCGUACAAUUCUUUUGAAAAGAGAAUGCCUUAAGUUGUACAAUUAAAUCAAAUCGGGCUGAAAUCAUUGUAAAUUUAAUAAGCGAAAUUCGUAGUCCUUGCCCAAUAAUCUGGAAACACAAUAAUAAUAUACAAUAUAUUUAUCUUUAUGUCAUUUGAGGCUAUUUUUACGAGUACUUAUGAAGUGUUAUCUUAUAAGUACUUAAAAAUAUUAUACUUAUAAAUUAUUGUCAUUCGUAAAAUAAUUUAUCAAUUGCAAUGUUAGAUUUUUAUAAUUGAUCUUUAUAAUGGAGGCUUAAUGUCAUUAUGACGACUUCAUAGCAAGACUUUUAUAGCAUAAGCAAAUAAUCAAUUGAAUGAAAUGAGAAUAAAGUAAAAAUAAAUAUGUUUGAUUUGAAAAUUAUUUGAAAUAUCAAAAUGUAAAUGUCUUCGAAAACUUUUGUAUCGUUAACGAAUUAAGUUAAACAUGGCAGAAGAAAAUGAUAAGACUGUACAAAAUACCUGAUUACUUUCUAAUACUAUACUCGAACAUAAAUAAUACAUAUUAGUAUUCUA